AUGUAUAAUGACUUAGAAAGAUUUAUUGCAUUCACUGAAAUAGAUGGAUUUAAUCAAUAUCGAAUACUUACAAGCAAUUUAUAUCUAGAUUCUGAUGAAAGUUAUUUAUUACUUGAAUUAUGUUGUUAUCAUGGAGCAGUUGAUUGUUUCAAGUUUUUAAGAACGAAAUUUAACUCAGCAAUAACUCAAAAAUGUCUAGAAUUUUCAUUUUUAGGAGGAAAUCCAGAGAUAAUGAGUGAAUGUUUGAAAUAUCAAAAACCAAAUAAAGAUUGCAUGAAAUAUGCAAUUAUUUCACAUAACAUUGAUUUUGUUACUUUCUUGAUGAAUGAAUACAAUAUAGAGAUCAAAUUAGAUUAUUGUAGAAAGUAUUAUAAUCUUGAAUCCUUAUUAGUUUAUUUCGAUCAAACUAAUGAUAUUAGCAAAUUCUUUGUUUAUUCAUUGAUGUUUAAUAUUUCAUCCAUUUUCAAAUAUUUCUUUUCACAUGGUGCAAAUAUCAAUGAAAAAGAUGAGGAUGGAAAUACAGCUCUUCAUAUUGCUGCAGGUUUUAAUUGGAAAGAAUUAGCUGAACUUCUUAUUUCACAUGGUGCAAAUAUCAAUGAAAAAACUAAUGAUGGAGAAACCGCUCUGCAUCAUGCAGCACGUAAUAAUAGUAAAGAUACAGCUGAACUUCUUAUUUCACAUGGUGCAAAUACUAAUGAAAAAAAUAAAUAUGGACUAACUGCCCUUCAUAUUGCAACAGUUUAUAAUAGUAAAGAAACAGCCGAACUUCUUAUUUCACAUGGUGCAAAUAUCAAUGAAAAAAACUGUGACGGAGAAACUGCUCUUCAUAUUGCAGCACAUUUUAAUUGGAAAGAAAUAGCUGAACUUCUUAUUUCACAUGGUGCAAAUAACAAUGAAAAAAAUAAUUAUCUAAAUACCGCUCUCCAUAUUACAAUAAUUUAUAAAAGUAAAGAAACAGCCGAACUUCUUAUUUCACAUGGUGCAAAUAACAAUGAAAAAAAUAAAUAUGGACUAACUGCCCUUCAUAUUGCAACAGUUUAUAAUAGUAAAGAAACAGCCGAACUUCUUAUUUCACAUGGUGCAAAUAUCAAUGAAAAAAACUGUGACGGAGAAACUGCUCUUCAUAUUGCAGCACAUUUUAAUUGGAAAGAAAUAGCUGAACUUCUUAUUUCACAUGGUGCAAAUAACAAUGAAAAAAAUAAUUAUCUAAAUACCGCUCUCCAUAUUACAAUAAUUUAUAAAAGUAAAGAAACAGCCGAACUUCUUAUUUCACAUGGUGCAAAUAACAAUGAAAAAAAUAAAUAUGGACUAACUGCCCUUCAUAUUUUACCACUUCAUCAUCUUUAUUUCAUGGAAUGA